AUGACCCAAGUCUAUACCAUGUUCCGGCGGUUCCUCCGUCCCGCCAGACGGCUGCCCAUAUGGCUUAUACUGUCCAUCAGCGCGCCGUUCAUCUUCGAGGUCCUGCUCCACCAGCGCCGGUACAACGUCGCCAAGCCCGCAAGCGAACUCGACACCCCCUUCUUCACCUCGUGCCAGGAGCCCGAUGUUAGCGCCAAGCGAGAAAAUGCCGUCCUCGUCAUGCUGGCCCGGAACUACGAGCUCGAGAAGGCCAACAAGACCAUCAACUCCAUCGACGCCCACUUCAACAGGUGGUUCAACUAUCCCAUCCUCUUCCUCAACGACGAGCCCUGGGACCAGAAGUUCAUAGACGAGCUCAACAAGACCACCCGUGGCCUGGCCACCUUUGACGUCAUACCCAAAGACGAAUGGACCUUUCCGAAAGGGGUCGACGUGAAUGCGGCGAAGCAGAGCAUCAAGGAGCAGGGCGAGGCCGGGAUUCCGCAUGCCGGAGAGGAGGGCUACCACCACAUGUGCCGGUUCUAUUCGGGCAAAUUCUACACCCUCGAGGCGAUGAAGAAGUAUAGAUGGUACUGGCGCCUAGAACCCGACGUCGACUUUACCUGCGCAAUCUCCUACGACCCCUUUGUGCAGAUGGCGCGCCACAAGAAGGUAUACGGCUUUACCAUUGCGUUGUGGGAGGUGGGGCAGUCGUGUCCGGGCCUGUUCCGCUCCAUCAGCGAGUGGAAGGAGUUGAUGGGCAUUCCCGACAACAACCUCUGGAAGGCCAUGGUGUCCGCCUCUUGGGUGCCGUACCCAUUCCGCCGAUUCCUAAGCUGGCAGUCCCACCGCGACUCCUACGGCGACUCGUGGAGCUUAUGCCACUACUGGAGCAACUUCGAGAUAGCCGAUAUGGAGUUCUUCCGGACGAGGGCAUACCAGGACCUCUUCGAGUACCUUGACAAGAAGGGCGGGUUCUACUUUGAGCGCUGGGGCGAUGCAGCAGUACACUCCCUCGCCGUCGCAUUACUCGUCGACCCGCGGAAGGUCCACCACUUUGAGGACUUCGGAUACCGACACGCGUUCCUAUGGCAGUGCCCGGCCAACGCGCCGGGCGGUCAGCUCCCCGACUCGCCAUUAUUAGGAAGCGGUGCGUGGUCGCCGGAGCUGGAGAACGGUAUCGGCUGCCGUUGCGAGUGCGACGGCAAGACGAACCGAAACCACCCGGGCUACUGCCUCAACAAGCUGAAGCAGCCCAACUCGAUAAAGCGGCCGUGGUUCACGUGGUUCCUAUAA